CGGUCUCAUUUCCCUCGCUUUUUGGCCGAUCUUCUGCUGCAGACUUCAGUAGUCACACCUGGCUCACUUUAGCCUUCUUCGAACUCUCUUCCCUACGCUUACCGCGCACCUUAGCAGGCACUCUAGGGUUUUCUCAUCCAUGGCCUCUCCAUCUUCAGCCCUUAACAAAUCGUCCAUGGUUCAACAGGGAAGAAUCAGGGUUUUGAAGGAAGGAUCCACGCCGUCUGGUCGAGAUGCGGGUCCCGUAGUCUACUGGAUGUUUAGAGAUCAACGGUUGAGAGACAACUGGGCAUUGAUCCACGCCGUUGAUCAGGCCAACAAAGCCAAUGUUCCUGUGGCUAUAGCCUUCAAUCUGUUCGAUCAGUUCUUGGGGGCCAAAGCUCGGCAGUUAGGGUUUAUGUUGAGAGGUUUGCGACUUCUCCAUCGUGAUCUCGAACAAACUCUUCAGAUUCCGUUUUUCUUGUUUCAGGGGGAAGCUAUAGAAACUAUUCCCAAUUUUCUUAGGGAAUAUGGAGCUUCACUUCUUGUAACGGACUUCUCACCUUUACGUGAAGUUCAGAAAUGGAAAGAGGAAAUUUGCAAGAGGGUGGGGAAAAAAGUGUCCUUGCAUGAAGUUGAUGCUCACAAUAUUGUGCCUACUUGGGUUGCAUCGGAGAAAUUGGAGUAUAGUGCUAGGACUAUAAGGGGUAAGAUCAAUAAACUACUUCCUGAGUAUCUCAUUGAUUUUCCAACAUUACAACCUCCGAGUGUAAAAUGGGCUGGCACGAAUCAGUCCAUAGAUUGGGAUGACCUGAUUACUGAAGUUUUGAGGGAAGGGGCAGAAGUCCCUGAAAUCAAAUGGUGUGAAUCAGGAGAAAAUGCAGCAGUGGAAAUAUUGAUGGGAAGUAAAAAUGGGUUCCUGACAAAGAGGUUGAAGAAUUAUUCUACAGACCGGAAUAACCCAUUAAAGCCUGGAGCGCUCUCUGGUCUCUCUCCAUAUUUGCAUUUUGGACAAAUAUCUGCACAGCGGUGUGCCUUAGAGGCAAAAAAAAUUCAGAAAAAUUGCCCUCAGGCAGUUGAUGUGUUCUUGGAGGAGUUGAUUGUGCGGAGGGAACUUGCUGAUAACUUUUGCUUCUACCAGCCUCGAUAUAAUUCAUUACAGGGGGCAUGGGAAUGGGCGCGUAAGACCUUGAUGGACCAUGCCUCUGACAAGCGAGAACAUAUCUAUACGAAGGAGCAACUGGAGAAUGCACAAACUGCCGAUCCUCUCUGGAACGCUUCUCAGUUGGAGAUGGUUCAUUAUGGGAAGAUGCAUGGUUUUAUGCGGAUGUAUUGGGCAAAGAAGAUCCUUGAAUGGACCAGAGGACCUGAAGAAGCCCUUGCAAUAUCAAUUUAUUUGAACGACAAGUAUGAAAUAGAUGGGAGGGAUCCAAAUGGAUAUGUUGGCUGCAUGUGGUCGAUCUGUGGUGUUCAUGACCAGGGUUGGCAAGAGCGACAGAUAUUUGGGAAAAUUCGCUACAUGAACUAUGCAGGCUGCAAGAGGAAAUUUGAUGUUGAUGGAUACAUUGCAUAUGUUAAGAGGCUAGUUACUGAAACCAAGAAGAGGAAAGCAGAAAGCUCUCUAGGUAAGGAAGCAAAAGAACUUCGUGUUUGAAAUCUCAAGGAAUCAGAUUGGAUGUGGGAGAACCACUGAAAACAAAAUUUCAUGCUUCCUAUCUGGUGGAUCACUUACACUAUAGAAAAAAAGGUUAGUAGCAUGUAGGCAUUAGUUUUUAUGACAAGGAGUCUGCUAAUUUUUUCUUAGCCCACAGUUCUGAGACCAUUGGCUUUUGUUGUCUUCUUUUGGCUCUGACAAAAAAUUACCACUAUUUUUCAAAAUGGCCCUGAUAAAUGUAUUUAUAUCAAGCAAAAAGAAUGGUACCUCGUCUUAAUUGUGAAUCUUUCAUUGAAAUGGAUGUUAGUGACAGUGGCUUUAGGCUUUGGAAUUAGUAUUUGCUGUUAGUUUAGCUUGGGUGUAAGGAUCUCUCAUAAUGUUCAGAAUAUGUUAUCUAUCUUAUAUUCAUCUGUAAGGUAGCCUUAUAGGGUGAAUAUCAUGGGGCUAUUAAGCUGUUACAAGAAAUCUUGUACAACAAAUUGUGCUUUAUACCUUCUAAAUCAUUUUUUCUGAUUGAAUUUU